AAUUAAAACAGAAAAAAAAAUAUAAACUCAUAAAUUAAUUAAUUAAAAAAGAAAUAUUAUCCAAUAAAUUUUGCUCCUAAUAAUUUACUGCUUCCCUUUAAAAAAGUAAAGAAUCAAAAAUAAUACUCACUAGGCACAUAUUAUUAUUACAUAAAAAUGUUAUCCUCAUAAUCUGAUUUAUUUUAAGAGCCUUCUUGUGAUGAUAGCAAUCAAGGGAUAUUUAAUGAGAAUUCUGUUUAAUAUUUGUGUAAUCACAAUUAAUCUUUCUUUUCAUAGCAAUCAAGCACAUCUUCUUAGGAUAAAUGUCCUUCUUACUUACUUUGUGAUGAAACAAUUCCAAUAAGAAAGGAUCAAGCAACUAACGGCUAAUAGAAUUUAAAGAUUCCUUAGUAGCUAUUCAUUAAGAACCCAUAAAAUAAAAUGGUCAUACUCAGUAAAAAGAAUAUGAAAAAACAAGUCGAAAUCAACAGUAAUACUUCUUUGACACAUUUCGGUUGCAACCUCGGUACUUCAGAAACAGUUGAAUCUGAUGAUAACAAAUCUGAGAGUGCAGACGAAAGUGUUAAGAGAUCAUCCUGGGAAAAUUUAUAAAUAUCUUAACAAGCAGAAGAUGAUGAUGAUUCAAACUGUUUUUAGCUUAAAAAGAAAUUUAUUAGCCCCCGUUCAGUUGAAAAAUUAAAUGCUGAAAAGAAUUAAAAAAAACAAAGUUAAUUAGAUUUAGCUCUCUCAUCUUACAUUCCUAAAAACUAUCAAAACAAUAAUAAAUUAGCAUCUUUAAACCGUAACCCUAGGCUGAAUCGCCUAAAAAAAAUGAAUAAUUAAUAAGAUGUAAAUUUCUAGGCUAAUGUUGUUAGAAACCAUUCUUUAAAUGAAAGAGUCAAUACUGAACCAGUAGCUUCUAGGUCUAAUACUCCAAUUAGAGAAAAAGUAUCAGGUCCAAAGAAUUAAAUUUAUGUUUAAGGUAAACUAUUCUAGAAUCGUAGCAAUUCAAUAAACGGUGCCUAUUUAAAAUAAAAUCCACAAUAGAUUUAGUAAUAAUUUGAAAACGAAAAAAGAAGGAUAUAAAGUCACAACUUUCGUUCUAAUUCCUUAGCUAUUUAAGAAAAGAUACCUGCUAGUCUUUUGCAAAAAGAAAUUGAUAAUCUCUUCUAAACACCAUCUUCUUAAAAACUAAAGACCGAGAGUAGUCUUAAUACACGUAAAAAUUCUCAUAAUGCUCCUUUUAUGAUAAAUCGUUAAAUGAUGUCACCUAUGAGAAAAAGACCUCUUCUAUAACCUGUUAAGAUUCAAAGUAAAAUAGAAUACGAAAGAGAAGCUAUGGAAUUAAUAAAGUACUACGAUUGCAAAUCAAGCUAAUAAUAAUCAUUUUCAGAGUCUCCUGUCAAAUCUAAAAUGAUCUCUCCAGUAAAGCCUAAUAAAAAAUUUACAGAUUCCCUUUUCAAGCUUUCUAACUAAAUAACUGAACUAGAAAAAUCAAUGCUUUCAUCAUAUUACAAAGACUUUAUUCGCAUAACUCCUAUGUGA